AUGGCCACCGGCCUCCCGCCGCCGCCGGCCCAGCCCGGGAACGGCACCCUGCAGGAGCACUACAGCUACGUGGGCAAGCUGGCGGGCGGGCUGCGGGAGGCGCCCCAGGGCACGCUCACCACUGCGCUCUUCCUGGUGGUCUGCAGCCUCAUCGUGCUGGAGAACCUGAUGGUGCUGGCGGCCAUCUGGAAGAACCACCGCUUCCACAACCGCAUGUACUUCUUCAUCGGCAACCUGGCCCUGUGCGACCUGCUGGCUGGCGUGGCCUACAAGGUGAACAUCCUGAUGUCGGGCAGGAAGACCUUCGGCCUGUCGCCCACCGUCUGGUUCCUCCGGGAGGGCAGCAUGUUCGUGGCGCUCGGGGCGUCCACCUGCAGCCUGCUGGCCAUCGCCAUCGAGCGCCACCUGACCAUGAUCAAGAUGCGGCCCUACGACGCCAGCAAGAAGCACCGCGUCUUCCUGCUGAUCGGCACGUGCUGGCUGAUGGCCUUCUCGCUGGGCGCGCUGCCCAUCCUGGGCUGGAACUGCCUGCACAGCCUCCCCGACUGCUCCACCAUCCUGCCGCUCUACUCCAAGAGCUACAUCGCCUUCUGCACCAGCGUCUUCACGGCCAUCCUGGUGGCCAUCGUCAUCCUCUACGUGCGCAUCUACUGCCUGGUGAAGUCCAGCAGCCGCAAGGUAGCCGCCCACAACACCUCGGAGCGCUCCCUGGCGCUGCUGCGCACCGUGGUGAUCGUCGUGAGCGUGUUCAUCGCCUGCUGGGCCCCGCUCUUCGUCCUCUUCCUCAUCGACGUGGCCUGCCGGGUGAGGGAGUGCCCCGUCCUGUUCCGGGCCCAGUGGUUCAUCGUGCUGGCCGUGCUCAACUCGGCCAUGAACCCGGUCAUCUACACGCUGGCCAGCAAGGAGAUGCGGCGGGCCUUCUUCCGCCUGGUCUGCAACUGCCUGGUCCGGGGCCGGGUGGCCCGCGCCUCGCCCGUCCAGCCAGCCCUCGACCCCAGCAGAAGCAAGUCCAGCAGCAGCAACCACAGCAGCCACGCCCCGAGGGGCCGGGAGGAGCCGCCCCCCCGAGCCCUGGACGGGGACGCGGCUCUCCUGAACGGCGCCCUCUGCAAGUGA